GCGCAGAUGAGCUCGCCGUCAUCUGUAUCGACAACCUUCAAGAUCGAGGAUGCUCCAGGAACAUCUCACAAUGCCAUAUUCACUCAUUGGCAUCCAGGAGCGUACUAUUAUUCGUUCUCUGCCACACAACCGUAUGGCUGCCCUCCUGGAUCGACUCUGGCACAUGUGAACCCUUCGAUGACUUCGACGAGCGCGUUUCCUGCUACGCCUGGCAUCGCAGCGUCCACUGAGUACACCGCUACGCCAUGUCCAGAUUGCGGUCAAGUGAUCAAGGUGUCGAGCUCGACGACGUACCACAUGGAUAGGCACAGAGAGAGCCAACGGUGCAUGCGCCAGGCAGUGCGGAAGCUUAUGGAGGAGGAGGAGGCCAGGGCGAGUGCGCUGAGGACGGAGCUGUUCAGCAACGUACCGUGUGAUCGCGUGCAAAGAGGCAAUGGUGGCAGUGCGCGUGCAGCCGUUGCAGGAGAUAGCGGCAAGGAGGCCCAGGAAGAAGACUCGGGCGAGAAGUACUGUGACAUUGGUAUCCAGGCUGAUCCGGUUCUGCCUCAACUUCAAGUUCCUCAAGUGCGAACGACGCGCAAAGCGUCAAGACGGUGUCAGUCCGAACCUCUGCUAGGCCCUCUCGAAUCACAUGAACUCGAUGCGGCCGCCAAAGUAUGCGUUUUCGUGGUAAAUUCUGAUCUGCAGGCUCAAAAGGCAACGAAGGAGAGGGACUCGGUCAAAUGCUUGCAGUGUGGUGAGACCUUGCUGAAGAGGAACGUGCGAAGCCAUGUUGGCAGCCAUAUUCUCCGACAGGUUGUUAGUGCACCAGAAGGGCCCAAUAUGAAGCACACGGUCCACCCAAGCAACCCCUGCGGCUUCUGUGGACGCGCUGGCUGCGACAUAAACCUUGUCAAGACGGACUCACCCGCGUCGAAGUACACCGCGACGACAUCCAACUGCCCGCACGCACAUUCCUUCUCGUGGAACAAGGCGCGGCGCUUCUCGUCGGUGAUGCCGUGCACUAAUGUGCCCGUGCAAUGCCUGCUUUGCCCAAAGGACCCUUUUACGAAGCUGCGGACUGUAUAUUGGAAGUACAAUAUGUUCCACCACAUUCAGACCGCGCAUCCGGAACACUGGGACUGGCAAGCGCAUCGCGUACACGACAUCGGCAUCAAUUUUCGCAGGCUACUGGCAAUCUCGGAGAGGGAACUCGAUACUGUUGCCCGUGGGCGUACCCGCCCGUACCCUGGAGCUGUUGGCGGCGCCGUUGACGACGGGGACGGGUCGGUUAUCUCGAAUAAGCGUGCUGCUGUCGAGGCCCUCGUACGGAGUACGAGUCACGACUCGGAGGGCUCCCUGAAGCGCUUCAAAAAAUCUUAG